GGAAAGAUCUAGGAAUUUCUAACGAUAUUCUCCUCCCAUUCUUCUUCGUGAUCACCUUUUAUAUACCAAAAUUAACCUUAAAGCCUCCUUGUUCUUAAUUAGUAACCUCCUCUCUUUCUCUUUCUAAACAUCGCUCUUGUUUCUUUUCACUUCCCAAUGGAAGCAACAGAAACAAGACCCGAACUAGUAGUUGUUCAAGAAGCACCACCACCUCUACCACCAGAAGAACAACAAUUACAACCUCUCAUGUGCAAGAGCUGUACGUUAAGAGUCUCCAUUCAUUGUCAAGGUUGCAUGAGAAAAGUCAAAAAAGUCCUCCAAAGCAUAGAUGGUGUUUAUCAAACAACUAUUGAUUUGAAGCAACAAAAAGUAGAAGUAAAGGGGACUGUCGACACCGAUACACUGAUUAAGAUACUAACACAAACCGGUAAACGAGCUGAGUUAUGGCCUGAUACAGAACCAAUCAAAAAGAAAAAGAAAAAGAAAAAGAAAAAGAAGAAACCAAAACCAGAGAACGGUCAAAAUACAGAUCAGAAACAGAGUGAUGGAGAAAGCAGUGAUGAAGGUAACCAAACCGAUGGUGGCAACGAAAACGAAGCUGUUAAGGUUGUUGUUGCUGCUACCGAAGGUGGUAGUGGUGGUGGAUGGCCACCCGGAAGAGGCGGUGUACAAUUUCAAGAAAUAAAGCCAGAGGUGAGACAUGUUACGAGUUUUCCAGCCGGUAACCAGUUACCGGUUGCAGAGAAAAAAGUUACAAUGGCCAUGGAGAAUGCAGGGUUAAACGACGGUGGAUACAGAAGGAAUAGAAUUUACUAUCAGGGGCAAAGAGGGAAUAGUGAAGGUUUAAAUGUUACUUUCGAACCUCCUCCUUCCGGUGGUGAUUGGAAUCAGAAUCAGAUGCAUGGACAUGGGCCUUGUGGACCUGGGUCUGGCCCAGGACAAGUUUCAUUUAUGGGCCCACCACCUAAUGAGAGUCCACCACGGAAUCAAUACGCACCGCAUUAUCAUCACGCACCAGCAUCUCCUACGGUGUGUGGUGGAAACUACUUACAUACGGCGUAUCCUACUUCUAUGAGAUACGGUGCAUCGUAUUGUACCUCGUUGUCACAACCGUAUUCAUACGCUUAUACGCAUCAAAGUAAUGAUUUUGAUGAGUCGGAAUCUUAUACUUAUACUACAUCAUCACGUUCACGUACGUCAAAUUCAUUUGAAUUAUUUAGUGAUGAAAAUCCUAAUGCUUGUUCAGUUAUGUGAUACAUUGUACUACUGUAACCAUCACUACGAACUUUCUUAAUUAAUUAGUUACUACUUAAUUAAUGGUACUGGUCAUUGUUAAAGGGUUUUACUCAGAUUCUGGAGGAUUAAUGUGGGAUAUUAUGCUAGAGUAUGUUUUCUAAUGUUAGGCUUUCUAUGGAAUAAUACCAAUUUAAAAAUCUGGGUAUGUAAUUCCAAGAAAUUUUA